ACCCGGCAAGAUGGCGGCGCCCGCGUCGCCCUUGGUUACUGCUCGCUGCUUGCUCCGGGCAGGGGCCCGGCGCCCUCCAGCCCGCCCGUUGCUGGCCCGCGCCGCCGCCUCGCCGAGAGCAUACACAGUUUAUGCUGCUGAGAAAGUAGCUCCUAAAACUCUAUCAGAUGCGAACGCUAAAGCCUUGCUGGUUUGCAAUGGACCAUUGGAACACUAUGACUUUCUGAUCAAAGAAGAAGAUCUGAGGAGUGAUGAACAGCAAUGGCAAGUUGUACGGUCUUUGCAGAAGUUACAUGAGAGCUUAAAAGGCUACAGUAUUAGUUCAAAAAACCUUCUAUCAAAGCUGUUUGCAAAAAGAAAACCUCCAAAAGGCCUUUAUGUCUAUGGAGAUGUUGGCACAGGAAAGACAAUGGUGAUGGACAUAUUUUAUUCUCAUCUGGAGGUAGAGAGGAAAAAGAGAGUCCAUUUUCAUGGCUUCAUGCUAGAUGUACACAAAAGGAUACACCGCCUUAAACAGAGCUUGCCAAAAAGAAAACCAGGACUUAUGGCCAAAUCAUAUGACCCAAUAGCCCCAGUAGCUGAGGAAAUAAGUGAAGAAGCUUGUCUCUUAUGUUUUGAUGAAUUUCAGGUCACUGACAUCGCUGAUGCCAUGAUUCUGAAACAGCUUUUUGAAAAUCUGUUCCAGAAUGGGGUGGUUGUUGUGGCAACAUCCAACAGGCCACCGGAAGACCUCUAUAAAAAUGGGCUUCAGAGAGCCAACUUUGUACCAUUUAUUGCUGUUUUGAAGAAAUAUUGCAACACAGUCCAACUUGAUUCCGGAAUAGACUACCGGAAACGGGUGCUUCCUGGAGCAGGGAAGCUUUACUACCUCACAAGUGAAGCUGAUGUGGAGGCUGUCAUGGAUAAGUUGUUUGAUGAGCUGGCUCAGAAACAAAAUGAUUUAACUAGACCAAGGAUUCUAAAAGUGCAAGGCAGAGAGCUGAGGCUGAAUAAAGCAUGUGGAACCAUUGCAGACUUCACAUUUGAAGAGCUGUGUGACAGACCACUUGGAGCCAGUGACUAUUUGGAAGUAUCUGACAAUUUUGAUACGGUCUUUGUUCGCAACAUACCACUAUUGACAAUGGCACAAAGGACUCAAGCUCGCCGCUUUAUUACUCUUAUUGAUACAUUUUAUGAGCACAAGGUUCGUAUUAUUUGUUCUGCAUCCAUGCCUCUCCAAAGCGUGUUUCUGCAAGAAUACCAUGAUGGUGGGCUGGAGGAAAGUAGGGUAUUGAUGGAUGACUUGGGGUUGAGCCAGGAUUCAGCUGAAGGACUUUCCAUGUUUACAGGAGAGGAAGAAAUCUUUGCAUUUCAACGUACCAUCUCACGGCUUACAGAAAUGCAGACUGAGCAGUACUGGAAAGAUGGAGACAGAAGCAAGAAACAUUCAAUAAAGUAAUUUAAAGAUGUACAAAUCACCGCAAAACACAAAAUAUAGCAUUCAAAGAGGAGAAACUGUAAUAGAAUUGGAAGGAUUUUUUAACAUAAAUUAACUGAUUAUUAUUGCACUUUAUUCCUUGGACCACAAUUUUUCCAUCUCCAGUUUUUAUGUUUAAGAUCUAAAGGCUCAGCAAGUUGUUUUUUUUUUGUUUUUUGUUUUUUUUAAAGCAUCAACUUGUGGGGCUUUUAUGUUUCAGCAUCUUUCUCCAGUAUAGUAUGUACUUAGUAUUCAAGAAGGUAAACUGGAUCAAGAUCCUUCUUAAGUCUGCAGAGCAAGCCAGGGCUCACAGUAGAUAUAUGAUGUAUCCACACUCGGUGCUUGUGACUCUGUGCACUAAUUUUGUUAUUUAGAAGACAAUUUUGUUAUUUGUUAUUUAGAAGACAGUUUUCACAAAAGAAAGAUCAAAGCUGCAUAGAUCUAAUCUACUUGUACUUCAUAUGAUGCUCCCUCUCACAAAUUAGUCAGCCAGUGACGUUCUAGAACUAUGGGGUAAUAAAUCUUAAUUCUAACAUGUAACUAGCUCCUGAACUCCAGAUAUCUAUUCUGCUGCAAGGAUAUACCUCAGUGAUUCUGAUCCUUUUCUCAGGUGUACGUACACACCAUUUUUAUCUGUGUUGUCUUGCUGUCUGAAAGCUAAAGGGCCUGAUUCUGCGAAGGGAGCUCCAGUAGGAAUGAGGGUACUUAGCACCUCAGAAAUUGGAGGCCCAGGUAAAGAAGUGUGCUAAGAGAAAAUAUAUUAGGGACAGAAUAAAUAUAAUAGAAAAGUGGACACUCUCCUUUUUGGGUUUUUUUGACUGUCCACCUGAGCUCAAGAAAGAAGAGUGCUUCUCUACUGUGAUCUGGGUGCUUCUGCCAGAAGGUAGUAGUAGAUCAGUUUUUCUAAGCCACUCAUUCUUUGUAGCUUAAAGUUUGUAAGGUCUCUUCCAUACUUCACUUUCCCUUAGCUUGGUACUCAUUUUUAAAAACAGUUUUGGUAACAUAGUUAUAUUGAUCAGUGGAGGAUGUGGGCAUAAUCCCAAUACUGUAAUCAUGCCCUCUAAGCUUAGUUGCAUUUUUAGGAUGAGGUUUCCUUUAGUUUAAAAAAAAACACAUUGAGUAUUUUCAACUGGAUUUUAACUAUGUUAUGCACUAUCUGUCCUGGCUGACACAAUAUUUCUGUCAGAAACCAGUUUAAAAAUAUGCUGCAAAAUAAUUUAUUUGGACAGGGAAAAUAUAUUACAUACAGAACUUAA